AUGACGACGAAAUAUGGAUUUUAUUAUAAAGAAGGUUAUGAUGACCCAUUAUGUAUUGAUCAAACAUCCGUUAAACAAUUUAUUGAACGUUUAUCUUCACCACCAACACCAUUUUUACUCUAUAGUUUUGAACAAUUUCGUCAUAAUAUUGAUACAUAUCAACAAGAACUUAAAAAUCUUGCACCAAUUCGUAGUCGAUUAUCAUAUUCAAUGAAAGCUAAUUAUAAUCCACAUUUAUUAUCAAUAUUAAAAUCUGCAAAAGUUAUGUUAACAACAGUUAGUGGUGGUGAAAUGCAAUUAGCAUUAUCAAAUGGUUUUGAACCAUCAUCUAUUAUCUAUAAUGGAAAUGGAAAAACUGAUGAAAGUAUUGAAAUGGCUAUUGAUGCUGGUGUUUUACUUAAUGUUGAUAGUUUAUUUGAUCUUGAAAUAAUACUUGAAUAUGCACGUCAAUUAAAUAAAAUAGCUAAUGUACUUAUACGAGUUAAUCCAAACCUUAGUGAUACAAAUGUACAUGCAUAUAAUACAACAGCAUCUAAAACAAGUAAAUUUGGUACAAAUAUUGAUGAAUUAGAACCAAUUUAUAAUUUAAUUGAAGAAAAUCAUGAUAAAUGGAUACGUUUAUAUGGUUUUCAUUGUCAUUUAGGUUCAACUAUAUCAAAUACACAAAUUAUAACUGAAUGUGUUCAAAAAUUAAUUCCAUUAUUUGAUAUUAAACGUUUUCCUCAUCUUCGUUUACUUAAUAUAGGUGGUGGAUUAAAUAUUGAUUAUAAACGUUAUGCUCAACGUACAAAAAAUGAUAAUAAUGAUGAUAUAAAAAUUCCAACAAUAGAAGAUUAUAUUCAAUCAAUAAAAGAACCUUUACAAUUAUUGCCUAAUACAAUUGAAUUAAUUGUUGAACCUGGACGAAGUUUAAUUGCAAAUUCAUGUAUACUUAUAACACGUGUACUUGGACAAAAAUCUACAGGUUCUAUACAACAACUUGUUGUUGAUGCAUCUAUGACUGAAUGUAUUCGUCCAGCUCUUUAUCAAGCAUAUCAUCAUAUUGAUACAAUUAAUUCUUUAUCUACAGACGAGCGUAUACCAUUUGAUGUUGUUGGACCUGUAUGUGAAAGUGGAGAUUUUCUUGGUAAACAACGUUGUUUACCAAAUACAUUAAAACGUGGAGAUUUUCUUGCUAUUUUUGAUGUUGGUGCUUAUUGUUCAUCUAUGAGUUCGAAUUAUAAUAUGAGACCACGACCAGCUGAAUAUACAUUAGAUGAACAUGAACAUAUAAAAGUAUUAAAAAAACGAGAAACAAAUGAAGAUCUUUUACGAUCUUUUUAUGUUGAAUAG